AUGCCUCCCUUCGACAACACUGCCUCUGGAGAUAAAACAAAUCUAAAACAAAGUGUUUCAGAAGACCAAAAGCACGUACAACUGGAGGAAAUAAUUCUCAAAAGCAUAAAUGAUCAGGAAAGUCUGUUUACACGUGCAUUCUUCACGGAACAGCCUAAAUAUGAAUAUACAGACACAUAUGCCAAUGAUAUAAUUGAUAUGUGCUCAGCCUACAACCUAGACGACAUAAUGUACAAUCUUCCAAACAUAGGUGUAGACAGGUUCGUGCACAGUUCAUUAAUUCAUGAUGACCGGGAGAAGGAAGACCAAAUAUUCAAGGCAAAGUGCCGUCAGAAGCACAUGCCAAAAAGAGAUGGCGAAGAAAAUAGGCCAUUCACCUGUACGUAUUCGAAUUGUCAUAAGGCAUUCAAGCGGUUUGAGCACUUAAAGCGUCAUUACCGCAUCCAUACUGGCGAAAAACCCUUUAAAUGCACGGUAUACGGCUGCAAUAAGUCAUUCUCAAGGUCUGACAAUCUUAUGCAGCAUGAAAAAAUACAUAUAAACAACCGAAAAAUGUAG